AAACAAGAGACCAGCUGGGAAAUGUUUAAGCUUUUAGUUUGAGAAGAAGGAAGUUAGAGAGCAGCUUUGAGCGACUGAGCCUGGUGUUCCCCAUUGUUUCUAGCUUCAUUUGUGAUUAUUUUAUUUUGAGGGAGCUGCUGUUGAUGCCUUUGAAUGAUCUCGUCAGAGCUGCUGUCUGUGAUCAGAUGGAGAAUACACCGUACACUUUCCCACCGGAUAACACCUCCUGCUCUGAUCUGUCCCUCUGCCCCUCCGCGGCCACGCUCUUCUUCCUCCCCUCCGUCUACACGGUCCUCUUCCUUACCUCUCUCCCGGGAAAUGCGCUGUCUUUGUGGGUGUUCCUGCGGCGCAUCUCCUCCAUGUCCCCCAUCCACAUUUAUCUGUCCCACCUGAGCACCUCCAACCUUAUGUUGUCCCUCACCACUCCCUUCCUCGCAGCCUACUACGCCUGGGGCUCAGACUGGACAAUGAGCAGCACCCUGUGUCAGCUGGUGCUGCACGGCAUCACCCCAGUGCUCCACAUUAACAUCUACAUAAGCCUCAUGAUCCUCACUUGGGUGGCCUUCAGUCGCUUUGCAGCCCUCAUCCGGCACACCCACGCCUCCAGGCCGAGUGCCUGCACAACACUGCUGCCGCACAGCUUCUUCACCUCUCUCACAAGGACCUCCUUUGCCAACAGGGUGUGUUUCACAGUGUGGGUGGUGGCGGUUGGGGGCAUUGUGCCAGUGACAGUCUACUACUCGGUGAACGAAGCUGGCAGGGGUGGAGACGCUGAGAUAGGAGGCUGUGUGGAGGUUUGCUACAACCCUGCGGUGGAAAUAGGGGGCGGUCUGUCAGCAGCUUUUGCCGUGCCCGUCAUAACCAUAUUCUUUGUGUUUUACCUGCUGGUGCUGCUGGCCUACAUGACAGUGUUGAGGCACAUCAGACGCUCACGUCGCAACACAAAAGUCACGACCUCCCAGGGCCUGCUGGGUAGGGUGCUUCGAAACAUUGUGGUCAUUCAGGUUGUUUUUUCAGUUUGUCUGCUGCCAUACCAUAUCUUCAAACCCAUCUUCAUUUCUCUCGCCAAUGAUCAACGUCAGCUGACAUUUUCACCUGGAACCAACAACUGUCACCCGCUCUCCACCUUUGUUGAGCUGAAGAACUCCUUUUUGCUUCUGGCUGCAGUCAGAGGUUCAACGGACCCUUUGAUGUUCUUCCUGUUAGACAAGACCUUCCGUCAUCAAACACGCAGACUUUUAAGGUGCAACCAGAAAAGCCCUGGACAAUCUGCGGAAAGUGCAACUCAGAAGGCGGGACAGUCGGGAGAUGGAAACGUGGCAAGCGCUACUGUGGAUUUAAGUCAUGAAAGUGUUUUCUAGUCGACAGAUUUUUCUUUUGAAAGAAGGCAGAUGUUGUGAUAACGAGUCCAGGAAGUCUAGACUAGGCCUGCAUGAUAUAAAGAAUAUCUGCGACGUGCGAAAACAUUGUUCACUACCGGAUGACGAUAUGACUUGUGAUAAAUAAACAAACAUUGAAGUGUGCAUAUUAGCUGCCCGGAUGUCUUUAACUUACAGGACUAUAAUUGGAUAUUUUAAACAAACAGCAACAGUAAAGUCAACAAUAUCUCAGGGGAAACAAAUUUAAUAUGUCAAUAAAAAAAUCUGAUUCCUGACAUCAAAAUGCGUUUAGAGUGACGUUUAGAAAGAAUGAAGAGUCAAACAUCUGUCCUUCCUCUUGUCCUCCUCCUCCUCCCUCUGCUACUGUGAUUCACUGCCUGCAGGUAGCGUUAGCUGGUAGAGAGGAGCGGCUGCUCGGGUUUACAACAAAGCGCAAAAUUUUAAGAUUUGUGGCAAACUAAGCUAAACAGUUAGACUGCAGACAGGGAGCAUUUGCUGUAACUUGUUUAUGGACAGAGCAGAUUGAAAUAUCACUUUUUACAUGUUUAUGCUAGUUAAACAGCUGUAGGACUGCGCAAUAAAAAAAACUAAAAAAC